GUCACAUCCGUCACAAACACUCUCAGCGUGCGCCGCCUCAGGAUGUCACGAUGACACAUUUCCUGCACUUUCCUUCCUUUGGCCGCGUCUCUCUGACUGUUUUGCAUGUGAUCGUCAUCGUUUGACUCAUCGUGUGAUGUUUACUACCAUCACCUGAUCCUGCUGAGCAGAAAACUGUGCCACACAGUUUUUAGAGGUUUUAUUCCACAGCAGCAACAGCGACAUGAGCGACAAAUCAGGAUCCUGUGGAUGAUCUGUGACGAACCACAGAUCACAGAUCUGCCAGACAAGAAGAAAACAGCGAAUCAGCUCUCAGAAGAGUUUCACGAGCUCUGAUGAAGACUGCCCACUUUAAACAGAGGUUUGAUCUGUACAGAGAUGAAAGUGUGGCAGUGUGUGUGUGUGUUUUCCUGCUACUACUUCCUGUCCUGACAGAUUACACCGAGCUGCAGCAGAGCGCCUGAUCCACCACACAGCGAACCGAGACCACUUUUCAGUCCUCUCUCGCCUUAAAAUGUCGUCCAACGUUCGCGAAGAACCAAAUCUGACGAUGAGCGCGAGGUGCAGCAAAGCGGUUGGAGAGGACGGAGGAGAGCGAACGGAGAGACCCCUCGACGUCGACGAGAGCUCGUCCGCGGAGCAUCGAGACCCUCUUUACAUGCAGGACGGAGCAGCUCACACUCAACGUCCUGCUGUCCAGAAAGAAAGAAACCUUUUGAGUGCACUGAUCCUGGGUCUGCUGCUUAUAGUUGGAGUCAUCGUCCUGACCAGACACUAUGUUUCAAUCAUUUUGGAAAAACAUCAGCUGAGCAACAAUUAUAAAGAGCUGCAGUACAGUUACGACCUCCUGAGCAACGGUUACUGCCAGCCACAGGGGACGGACAGCCGGACACAGGGCAACGUCAUAUGGUGGAAGAGAUUUCGCUGCAGCUGUUACUACAGAUCUACCGAGGCGAAAACCUGGAGCGCCAGCAGGAGCGAGUGUCAGAGCAGAGGAGGAGAUCUGGUCGUGAUAAACAGCAAAGAGGAACAUGACUUUGUGAAAGAGCUGAACAAGCAGGAGGCGUCCUGGAUCGGCCUGCAGUCGGUGAAAGCAGACGGCUGGUGGGAGGGACAGAAGUGGAGAUGGGUGGACGGGUCAACGCCAACAUACAUGGUCUGGCAUGUUGGAGUGGACCUGAAGCCUGCGGAUGGGUCCACAGCAUACAUGGACCCAGAAGGAACAAUGAGACACACCAACAGUGGAUCCAAACGAUGGAUCUGCGAGACACAGAUGCACUCAGAGGUUUCUGGAAACCUCAUGUGAUAAAAAGGCUUUGAAUCUUUGCUGUAUGUAGUUUCUUCCUCUUUUCUCAAAGUUCUUCACGUCUUCCCUUAAAAACUACACAAUAAAGGCAAACCUGUGAACGACAACUGUACUGCAUCACCCAGAAGUACAAAAUGUAAACGUGAAAAAAGGCUAAAAUAUCGAUGACUUUACAAAAGAAGCACACAUACAGACUUUUGUGCCUCUGAUGACACUUCAGGUCAACCUGCCUCACAGUACUGACGGUGUGUUACUGUAAACUACAGACUGACUGACAGCUCGAUCCAAAGCAGGACGUCGACUCCAUCACAUGCCAAAUCUUUGAGUUUUCACUUCACAUGAAAACUGUGCCAGUUUCUUUGUGAGGCAACGCAAAAAACUGAGAAA